UCACCGCAGGCGCAUGCGCACACAAGCCAAGACAACAAACAUGGCGCUGCGCGAAGGAGCCCUUCGUGUAAAGUUGCUCGCAAACAGCGGAAAUUUCUACAAAUUGACUUCAUUUCUUGGUGUCCGGUCGUUGUCUGAAAAUGUGUCAUCUAAGCCCGUCACGUCCAGUGCCUCAGAGACCACGGGUGACCAUUUAAUCUACACAGCAGAGCACUUUGCAUUAAAGGAGUCCCUCAGAAAGAUCAUUGAUCAGGAGAUCAACCCCUAUGUGGAUCAGUGGGAAGCAGAAAGGACGUUUCCAGCCCAUAAAAUCUUCAAGAUCUUAGGAAGUGCCGGCUUUCUUGGAGUCAACAAACCAGUUGAGUAUGGCGGCUUGGGUCUUGACUUCAGCUACAGCGUAGCGGUGGCAGAGGAGCUUGGAAACAUCCGCUGUGGAGGCGUCCCCAUGGCCAUCGGUGUGCAGUCUGACAUGGCUACUCCUGCGCUGGCCAGGUUUGGUUCGGCCGAGCUAAAGAAGGAGUUCCUCCUUCCCUCCAUCAUGGGGGACAAAGUGGCCUGUCUCGGUGUUAGUGAAGUCGGAGCUGGCUCUGAUGUCUCAAGUAUCAAGACCAAGGCGGUGAGGCAGGGGGAUGAAUAUGUAAUCAACGGGGGAAAGAUGUGGACCACCAACGGCACCCAGGCUGACUGGAUGUGUCUCCUCGCCAACACCAGCGACGGGCCCCCACACAGGAACAAAUCUCUAUUCUGUUUGCCAAUGAACCUGCCAGGAGUACAAAUCGCACGCAAGAUUGAUAAACUCGGCAUGUGGUCUUCGGACACAGCUGAAGUGUUCUUCGAUGACGUUCGUAUUCCCUGCAACAACAUCAUUGGCCAAGAAGGCAUGGGCUUCACCUAUCAGAUGCUUCAAUUCCAGGAAGAGAGGCUCUGGGCAGCAGCAAAUGUCCUAACAGUGAUGGACAACAUCAUUCAGGAGACCAUCCAGUACACACGGCAGAGGAAGAUCUUUAAGCAACCUGUCCUCUACCACCAGACAGUUCACUUCAGGUUGGCUGAGCUGCAGACGGAGGUCGAGCUGCUCCGCUCCCUCCUCCACCGCGCUACAGCAUUGUACAUUAAAGGCAAUGAUGUCACCAAGCUAGCAUCCAUGGCCAAGUUAAAGGGAGGCCGCCUGGUCAGGGAACUGAGCGACAGCUGUCUACAAUUUUGGGGAGGAAUGGGCUUCACCAGCGACGUGCUGGUCACCAGAGUUUACAGGGAUACCAGGUUAAUGUCGAUCGGUGGUGGGGCUGAUGAAGUCAUGCUGGGAAUCAUCUCAAAGUACAUGGACACGUUACCCAGGAAGUGAUGUCACAACACUGCUGAUGAAUUGUUAAUGAUUCACAAUGAAUUGCUAAACACGGAUCACCUAAGUGCAGUUCUUUAAACUCUUAACAUGUGCAUGGAAGUUUUUUUUUUUUUUUUCAUUUCGCCUUUGAUGAUUUUAACUAAACUGUGUGUGAUCAGGCAGAAUGAUGAAGGGCCUGUAUUUAUGUAUUCAUGUUUUUUAUAAACGUGAAUAACCUACAGCUGAAUGAACUCAUGUAAUCUGUAAGAGAUUCAUUUAAAUACUGGUCCUCAGAUUAUUUUUAUAGAAUAGAUGUUAGAUGAAGAAAAAUAAUGUACAAAACUGUCCUGUAAAAAAAGAUCUGUCUUUAUGUGUUGACAUUAAACGAAUAAGCUCAAAUUAAA